UGCCGAGGCAAGUCAUGGCAGGUGCAAUCGUUCUCAUAUCUGUGGAUACUGGACUACAAAAACCAUAAAGACAGGACGAAAGUGGACAAAGGAAGAGGCCGGUUUUGGAUUCAGACGAUCACCAUGGUGAGCCACAGCCCGGCGCGCGUUGUGCUCAUGUUCGUUGGAUUGUCGGCCUUCUUAGUCUCCAUCACGCUCAACUCUCUGUCGGGAUUUGGUGCUAAAUCAGGUGUUUUCAAGCAGAGCACGGAGGACGUGACGCUCAAGUACACGACACCCAUCACUCCCGCCCAGUGGGCUCUGUUUGUUUGGGAUUUCAUCUUUUUUUGGGUUUUCGGCAUGUUUUUAUACUUUUUAGUGGGACUCUGUCGAAGGAGGGCUUACAACUGGAUGUACACCACGCCUGCAGUGCUGCCCUACGGGUUUCACGUCUCUUUCAUCAUCAAUAUUUGCUUGAACAUUACAUGGCUGUUUCUGUUUGACAGAGAGUUGUUGCUGCCAGCGCUGAUCGUCUCCACACUAAUGACGCUCACGGAUUAUAUGAUCCUAUUCUUCUCCUGUCAUGGACUGAAGGUCUAUGGAGCGUGGUUACACAAAUAUUACAAUGCAGACUUCUGGGUCAUCAGAAUAUUGGUGCAGAACGGAGUAGCAGUGUAUGCGACGUGGGGGACCCUCUCCACGCUGCUCAGCCUGACCACGUACUUGCAGCAUCAGACGGAGACCUUGAGGUGUGACUGUGCGAUGCUGUCGCUGCUGCUGCUCCUGAUGGAGCUGUUGGCCUGGUUUCUGUUAGAGAACUUCUACCUCGACGAGCACGUGCGUUACAUUGUGACCAUCUACCCCGUUGUGAUCCUGUGGUUGACCGGCAUCCUGAGCAAUUCGGACUACCCUGAAAGUCCGGUUUACAUAUUUGCAGCUUUCAUCUUGGCGAUUUCCUGCAUGGUCUUCGUGGCACGUGUUGCCAUGGUAACAUGGAGGCAUCACAAACAGCCGCUAUACAGCGACAGUAGACCCAGUCUGUCACCAGUGGAAAUAGCCUUAACACAGAGUAAGCUCUUUCUAUGAAUAUGAGUUAGUACUGACAAUGUAAGGAGAGAUACAAAAACUCUGCGUUGAUACAUGAAAAAUGUAAAAUAAUAAAACACUAAUGCACAUCCCAUAAAAUAAAGAACUUCUUCAACAAAUUAA